AAAUUUUAACUUCCUGGAUUACGAUGACGAGUUUGUAAGUGGUAGGGUUAGUGUGAAUCGAGCGAGUAAUGUUAACAGGAAGUCAGCUGGAUGCAGAAGAUCGUGUUUAUUCGGAGCCUUUUAGCCAUCUCCCACCGAGUCUGCAAAAAGCAAUCAAUGACAGCGAAUUAAAAUCUGAGAAAAGGCCUAUACGCCGCACUCAAAACAGAACUGCUUUCAAAGACACACGAACCUCAGUCCCCCAUAAAGCAGAGGCAGAACCCGCUAAACACGAUCUGUCUGACCCCCCCUCCCCCCAGCAUGAGGUGGGGCCAGAGGGGGAGGGGUCUCUAACACAGAGUAGAGAUGGUGAAGGGUGCUUUUCCUGGUUACCUGGCGAUAAGGUGAGCCUUGGGGACUACACCCUGCCUCCAGACAAAAGGAUGGAACACCUGAAGGGAAUUCCUGGCUGUAGCUCGACCGAGUACACUGAGCCUUACGAGACCACCAAAUUACUAAAGGCUAUUAGAAGAGACGGAGGAGGAAACAGAAAGUCAUCUCCCUUGGAAGAGAAAUCAGGUGUCUACUCUCUUGCAAAGUCUGUCAGUGCCGCUCGACCACAAGAGACUAAGGUUCUCUACAGAACUCUCUCUGACCCAGCAGGAGGAAUAACUGACGAGGGAAACCCCUCCCAAGACUACGACCAUCUCAGUACCUGGAGAACCAAAGAAACUGUGUCCCCUAAGUCUCAGAAUUCCCCCAAAUCCCCACGAUCUCCGAGUGGACCUGUGAUACCACAGUAUGAGGAUCCAUGGGAUUCUAAAGGGAAACAGCAACACUUUAACCAGAUUUGUGAGAAAGCAGAAAUAGCAUCACGUAAUAGUCAGCCAACAUCACCUGCAAGUCCAAACAAAUCUCGGAAUAGAAUGGAUGUGUACGAGGACGCGUGGGACUCAGAUUUUCAACAGAAACUGAUAGAGGCUCGUGUACAGGAAGCUCGUAGAGCAAGUGAGUCGAGACCGAAGGGUCGAUAUGAAUAUGAGGAGCCUGUCUCCUCCUCCAAAACAUCAGUGCGAAAACUUCCAUCUGUAGGAACAAAAAACACUCAAAAUGACGGGCAAGUGUACAUGUCAAAUUAUGAACAGCCCUGGGACUCAAAAGAGAAAGAACAAGAGUUGGAGGAAAAAUUUAGUCGUGUUGGGUUGUCUGGGGGUCAGAGAUCCCCUGGGAGCCCCCCUCCCCCAGACUUUGCACCCCCUCCACCACCCCAGGCAUAUGAAGAUGCCUGGGACAUCAGACCACAGUCCAAGAUCAUCUCACAGGUGUCAUUACCCAACAGGACCCCAGAACAUCCACCCCCUAGAAGAACGAGUUCCCCUCCCCUGUCUAAAGCUAUGGCGGAGCCUAUUGAUCCCAAACUACCCUUGGAUAUACAAAAAUUUUACCACGGUGGGAUAACGAGGCGAGAUGCUGAGGAAUUACUGGUGAUCCACAAAGAGGGGAGUUAUCUCGUGAGGAGAAGCGAGACCCAGAAAAAUGUCUUCUCCCUGUCACUCAAGGGAAUAGGGGGCAUUCCAAUGCACCUCAGAAUAAGUUUGUUACACGGGGAGUACGUCCUUGGAGAGAACAGCCAGCCUUUUCCGACCGUGCCAGAGAUGGUGGACUACUACACGCGACACAAUCUACCGGUCCAGAAUGCCAGUCAUAUUAAACUGCUUCAUCCAAUCGCUCGACCCCGAAUGUGACCUUUGACCUGGGUGUUUAACACUUGUUUGAUUGGUGCUUGUUAGUUUUAGUUAAUGAUGGUCAUAAUAGUUAAUGAUAUUUAUAUAAACAUGUGAUGAAUUUUUCCCCUUUGCUGCCAAAGUUCUUGAUUUCUUCUUUGUUUUAUUACUUGUUAAAUGCUUUCUGUUAGUUCUUGAACCAGAGUUUUGUUAUUUUAGGGAUUCCUAAGAAAUGGUUUAGCUGUUUACUGUUUUUAUAUGUGACUUUCCUGUCUUACUGAAAAGUUUUAAAGCCAGAUUCACUUUUAUGCAAGAUCUGAUUACAGUGCACAUUAUGUCACAACAAUGAUUGUUCAGAUUUGAUUUUAGUUUCAAGUGUUCCUCUGAAAAAUGUUUGUCACAGUAUGAAUGUUGUUGAAUGUGAAGACCAGCAGAUGUAAUUCUGUCUAGGACCAACGAUCUAUAUAUAUAAACACAAGUGGUUCUUCCACUUUUAAUUUGUAAAAACAAUGUUUUACCAUUUGUGAUCAUGUACUGAACGUAUAUAUUAUCUACCAAUUCAACAACAUGAGAGUUGCAGUAUCAUGUGUAUUAAUUACUCAUGUGAUCAUCCAAAUUUAAAUGUUGCCUUAAGCCUUUUGCCUGUUUUCCCAGAUGGUAUUAAUGUUCUGCAUGCUCAUGCAAAGAGGAAAUUUUUGUGAAAGUUAGGGCAAUUAAUAGACAAGUUUGUAUUAUUUUCACAGUGUGCUUCAAGUGAAUGGGUCAUAAUGACUGUUGUGGUUUGAACAUUUUAUACAAAUAUUUCCAAUAGUAUUUAUAUAAUACUCCAAGACGUAUGCACUCGGCAGAUUUAUAUGUGACAAUCAGAGAGACUGCUGGGAUUUGUUUACAGAAUUGUUGCUAGGAUUCACUCCUUUAAAAUGCAAAUAUUUAUAUAACCAUUGUAUAAUAACUUUUGAUUUUGAACUUUAAUCGGAGAACUUGACCAAUUUAUGUAUCACGUACUGCACAAGUCAAUCAUCCAUGUAUUCAGUCUAGGGCUAAAAAUCAGUAUCUAUUGUAAAAACAAAGUAUGAGCAAAAAACAAUAUUUCAGGGUUAUAGAAGUUUUGUUGUAAGUCAUGUUUACCAAUGUUGUCCACAUAAUGUCUUGUUAUGAAUAACAAUACGGUUUAUAUACCAUCUGUUUAGUGGUUAAAGUUUAAAACCGUUCAGAGUUUUAUUUUUAGGAAAUACACAGGAAGGGUGCAAUAAGCAGUCCUUUAUAUGGUUUUAUUUAUAUGUUAUUUACAAUCAACAGCUGAUCUAUACUUGGUCUAUUGUUGAAUACUCUUUAUUGUUGCUGGGUUUGUUAAGAGCAAGCUUUAAACUUGAUUCUUGUGAUUUUUGCCAAAAAAACAACUGUUCAUUUCUACACAUGGUGUAUAUUUAUCUUUGCUGAAAUAAACACGAAAUUAAUCUGA